AUGCUUGCCAUCAAAUCCUUGUCCCUGGGGGCGCUGCUCCUCGCGGCGGUGAGCAGCGCUACGGAAUGGACCACCGUCGGAUACGAGACCACGGAGGGGAGUCGGUCCAUGCAGGUGCCUUUGAACGACUGCUGGAAGUUCUCGGAAGAGGAGGUCAGCACCGUGUUCUUGUCGCGGCCGUGUCGACUAUUCACCGCGAUCGGCUGCACUGGCCGGAGUUCCAUGCUCAACCCUGGUCUACACACCUCCUCCGAUCCCAUUCCCUUCAUCGACAGUAUCGAGUGUUACUAG